AUGCAGGCGGGCCUCUCUGGUACUGACCACCGCCUCGUAUCCCACAUGAUGCUGACAAACACUGACAACACCCAUACAACCAGGUCGAGGUCGUUUCCCGUGUACGAAAUUUCCAGCCCAGACAUCGUAUGCGGAGCAUCAGCCUUUCCGGUCCGAAAUCCUGACAUCCAAACCGCGACAAUUCUCGCAGGCGACCAAGUCGGAUUCCAUCUUUCGUCUCCAGACUCGGCGGGCGACGCGCAACCCAUCAUUUUCCACGAAGGGCCUGGACAAGUUUUCCUUUCACCGCUACCAGCAGAUAUCGAUGAUCUUCGCGAUUACGAUGUUACCGGCCAGCCAUUUUUCAAGAUCGCGUUCGCUGGACCCAAUAGCAGCACGACGUGGGAACUUGAAAACGAAUCUGUUAUGAAGUUCAACAUCCCUGCUACAACGCCCCCGGGCAAGUACGUCAUGCGCAUCGAGCAUUUCAUGCCAAAUUGGAUCAAAGGGCAGAGUCAGUGGUUUGUAUCAUGCGCGCAUGUCGAUAUCGUUGGGAAAGGUGGGGGCAGUCCGAGUGGUUUUAUCAGCUUUCCGGGAGCUUACAAAGAAGACGAUCCGAGUACGUACCCAUACCUUAAAUGA